AUGGCAAACGAGUUGUACGUCAAUGAUCAGAAAAUGAAGUUCUCCCUAGAGCAUGCUUGGAGGCUUCUUCGUCAUGAGCAGAAGUGGUGUUCUUCGAAUGCUUUGAGAGGACCUGAAAACACCAAACGAACAAAGCUUGAUGUGAGUGGCACAUAUUCCUCCAGCUCAAAUACAACUUCUCGUCUUGAGGAAGAAGCUAAUGAACGCCCUCCAGGUGUUAAGGCAUCCAAAAGGAAAGCAAAGAACAAUGGUGGUGGUACAAAAACUGAGGGUAAUUCUCUACAAAAGUUAGAGAAGGCGUGGGAGAUCAGAGAGUUUCCUUGUGAUCUCAAGUCGGCACAAGAGAACAUCAAGUCUCUUGUCUUCGAUUCUGCUCUUCCCGUGACUAAACUCGUGAGCUCAAGUCGGCACAAGAGUACAACAAGAGAACAACAAGAGAACAACAACCUUCCCGUGACUAAACCCGUGUCUCAACCUUCCCGUCAGAACGCCCAUUUAGAUGAUGAGUAUGAUGAAUUUUUUGAUGAACAUUUUGGCAAUCUAUUCCAAGAUUGCCUAGAUGAUUAUGGCAAUGAUCAACAACCAACUUCUUCAAGGCGCCCAAGAGCUUAUAUUGAUAGACAACACGAAGAAGGGCAUAUUCAAUUAUGGAAUGAUUAUUUCAGCGAAAAUGCUACGUUCUCUACUGGUAGUUUUCGUCGUCGUUUUCGAAUGAAUAAAUCAUUGUUCAUUCGUAUUGUUGAGGCACUAUCCAAUGAAGUACCAUAUUUCCAACAAAGAAGAGAUGCUACAGGAAGGUUGGGUCUGUAUGGAUUACAAAAGUGUACAGCAGCCAUUCGUAUUUUGGCAUAUGGUUGUGCAGCUGAUGCAGUUGACGAAUACCUCCACCUCGCAGAUAGCACCGCAAUGCAAUGCUUGGAAAAUUUUGUGGAGGGAAUUAUAUAUUUGUUUCAAGAUACGUACCUAAGAAGACCUACAUCAGAGGAUCUCCAACAAUUACUCAAUUUAGGAGAGGACCGCGGAUUUCCCGGGAUGAUCGGAAGCAUUGAUUGUAUGCAUUGGGAAUGGAAGAAUUGUCCAACAGCUUGGAAAGGACAGUAUUCUCGUACUUUAAAUGAUAUCAAUGUUCUUGACCGUUCACCAGUUUUUGAUGACAUCUUAGAAGGUCGAGCUCCGAGAGUAGAUUACUUUGUCAAUGGACGACAUUACAAUAUGGCUUACUACCUCACUGAUGGUAUAUAUCCGAGAUGGGCAUCAUUCAUCCAAUCAAUUUCACUUCCACAAGACCCCAAAGCAUCAUUAUUUGCAAGGUGUCAAGAAGCUACCCGAAAAGAUGUCGAACGUGCUUUUGGAGUCUUGCAAGCUCGUUUUGCGAUUGUUAAAAAUCCUGCACUUUUUUUGGAUAAGGCAAAAAUAGGAAAGAUAAUGCGAGCAUGUAUCAUAUUGCACAAUAUGAUAGUAGAAGAUGAGCGAGAUGGAUACAACCUGUCCAAUACAGCAGAAUUCCAUCAACGAGAAGGAAGUCGGACUUCACAUGUCGAUUUAACAUAUUCUACAGAUAGGAUUAACAAUCUCGACGAUGUGAUGGGCGCUUGGAAUCAAGUUCGUGAUACAACGAAACAUCGACGGCUUAAAGCUGAUUUGGUUGAACAUAUCUGGCAAAAAUUUGGCACAACUCAAUAUUAG